AUGGGCCCCUGUACCGCCUCCUCAUGCUGCUGCCAGGCCCGUAAUCUGCCAUGGGCCCCCGUACCGACUCCUCAUGCUGCUGCCAGGCCCGUAAUCUGUCAUGGGCCCCUGUACCGCCUCCUCAUGCUGCAGCCAGGUCCAGAGUGUGUCAUGGGUCCCUGUACGGCCUCCCAUUGCUGCUGUCUCCAUCGCCACACUCUGCCAUGUGCCACUUUCAGGUCUCCUCACACUGCUGGUGGGUUCCAUUUUGUCAUAGGGUGCUGUAUGGCCUCCCAUUGCUGCUGCCUCCACUGCACACUGUGGCUCCACACUCUGGUUUUGGCCCCGUGACUGCCCAAAUGAGUGAAGUGUGCAGUGAUUCUAAGAAAUUAAAGGUACAGUGUUCUGCA